GGCUGCUCCCAGAAGUCCUGUGCGGGGUCGGAUGAGAAAUGCGUGGACUCUGCGGCAGUGGACCCCGGUCUCCCUGGCCUUUCUCACUGCCUCGAAUCUUCAGAGGCAGACGCGCCAUGGAGCUCGAGAACAUCGCCGCCAACACGCUGCUGCUGAAAGCGCGCCAAGGAGAAUUUGGCCAAAAAAGCGGUCGCAGUAGAAAAUGGAGGGAGAUGCUGAGGCUGCCCCCUGACAGCCAGUGCAACAAGCUAAGACAUACCAUCGAAAAGGAUUUUAGCAGUCUUUGUAACAAGCAGCCAAUAGGAAGACUUCUCUUCAGGCAAUUCUGUGAUACAAAACCAGAUCUAAAGUGGUGCAUUGAAUUCUUAGACGCAGUGGCAGAGUAUGAAGUUGCCAUUGAUGAGGAGAAAAUAGAUCAUAGACAAUCAAUCUUAGAUAAAUUCUUCAAAAAAGAGAAUUCGGAAGAAAUACCCAAAGCUGUUGUGUGUGACUGUAGAUGGGACCCGGAGCAGAACCCCUCUGGAAAUGUCUUUGGGAAUUGCACUAGAGUUGUCCAUGACUAUUUGAGUAAAAAACCAUUUGAAGAAUACCAGGAAAGCUCAUAUUUUUCCCAGUUUUUACAAUGGAAAUGGCUGGAAAGGCGACCAGUAACAAAGAGCACGUUUAGACGUUACAGAGUUCUAGGAAAAGGCGGCUUUGGAGAGGUUUGUGCCUGUCAAGUGAGAGCUACAGGAAAAAUGUAUGCCUGCAAAAAGCUGGAAAAGAAAAGAAUAAAGAAGAGGAGAGGAGAAGCCAUGGCUCUGAAUGAGAAGAGAAUCCUAGAGAAAGUGCACAGCAGAUUUGUAGUUAGUUUAGCCUACACUUAUGAAACCAAAGAUGCCUUGUGUUUGGUGCUAACCAUUAUGAAUGGCGGGGAUUUGAAGUUCCACAUUUACAACAUGGGCAAUCCUGGCUUUGAGGAGCAGAGAGCUAUUUUCUAUGCUGCAGAGCUGUGCUGUGGCUUGGAAGAUUUACAGAGGGAAAGAAUUGUAUACAGGUAA